AUGAAUGAGCAUUUGGUCAGAAUCAAGAAGCUCGCCAUAGCGGUGCUUUCGAUCAUUUUGAUGACUUACGGAUGUGCUUCUCUGGUGAUGUCGCAAGUCAUGUUUCAAACAUUCUACCGUCGAGGGUCCCCUGAGUUACAGAGCAAAUUAAAUAUGACCAAGAAGGCGUUUAUCUCCCUGUUGAUAUGCAUUCUGAAUUUUGUCUCACCUUCUUCGAUUCGAAUCUCUACCGAUAAUGCAACUUUGGCCAAAGGAACAUUCAGAAAGAGUAAUGGCAAGAUAAUUUCUCAGAUGAAGCGCCGGUCAAUUAUUAUUGCAAAUCACCAGAUAUAUACUGACUGGGUUUUCCUCUGGUGGCUGACCUCUACGGCCGAUCUGGCUGGGAGUAUAUAUAUCAUGUUGAAGAAAUCAUUGGAAUCGAUCCCUCUUCUAGGCUAUGGAAUGAGAAACUUCAAAUUUAUCUUCUUGAGCAGGAAGUGGGCUCAAGAUAAAAUAAUAUUACACAACAGUUUGGGCGUUAUUGAUGCGAAUUCAAGAGGUGUGGGGCCGCUGUCAGGGGCGCGGCCGAUACGAGUGGAUGACGACGGUGAAAUGUAUUGGGAUGUUAAUAAGACCGAUGAUUCUAAGGCGUGGCCUUACUGCUUACUAUUAUUCCCAGAAGGAACGAAUCUAAGCGCCACAACAAGACGAAAGAGUGCGAGCUUUGCAGAAAAAGUGGGCAGACAGCCUUUUAGUCAUGUCUUGCUGCCUCAUUCAACUGGUCUGAGAUCCUCUCUCAUACUGCUCAGGGCAAGCGUGGAGGUUGUUUACGAUAUUACGAUAGGUUAUUCAGGUGUCGGAAGAAGUGAUUAUGGCGAGAUGAUGUAUAGGCUUCCCAAUAUAUUCUUGAGGGGCCAAACUCCAAAGUUGGUGGAUAUGCACAUAAGGGCGUUCAACCUUGCUGAAAUACCGGUGGAUGAUGAGGAAGCUUUUAGUCAAUGGCUAUACGAAGUUUGGAAGGAAAAGGAUGACUUGAUGGAAAAAUAUUAUACAGAUGGCACGUUCGCGUCAGAUCCCGAGUUAAAUCAGAUUGUAGUCGGCGGCUUUAAUAUCAGCCCCAAGCCCGUUUUGGUGACAUGCCUUCUUCCAGCGGUUCUGGUGUUUUCUUUACUCUUGGUGGGUUAUCUGGCUUAUGCCUGGCUUACUUGA